AUGGUGUGGCGACGACGAGCAGCGGCAACAUGGGCAGGACGUCACGUAUACAGAUCAACUCCUCACCGUUAUGAGCCAGGCUUGUCCCCCAUCCCCUCCCUCAGCUCGACAUCCUCGCCUCCCUCUCCGCUCGACUCCCUCGACUUCCUCCCUCGUCCUCAGCCUUGUCCAGCCGCCGCUCUUUACCCAUCGCUUUCCUUGUUGCUUUGCUUCCCCUAUCCUCCUUCGCCCGACAUCGACCCAUCCGUUGGCCCCCCUCCUUCGCCCGGCACCGUUCCCUCGGUCGAGUCGACCGCCCUCGCCAUGCGCUUUGCUCUCUUCUGCCUCCUUUUCCUCGCCUCGACGUCGUCGCUGUCGCUGGCCACGCCCGUCCUGCCCCACGAGCCGCGCCAGUUUGACCUGCAUUUCUGGGCGCCAUUUGCCUCGUCGACGAUCCACCCGGGCGUCAACGCACUGACGAGCGGCAGCUGCACCGCCAACUUCAUCUUUGUCCAGGGCAGCGAGGUCUACAUCGGCCAGGCCGCCCACUGCGCCAGCAGGUCGAGGACCGAGACCAACGGCUGCCGCGCCGAGACCAUGCCCGAGGGCACGCGCGUCAUCAUCACGGGCGCCAGCGCCCCCGGCCGCCUCGUCUACUCGUCGUGGGACCGCAUGAAGCGGCGCAACGAGCAGAACGACGACGUCUGCGGCUACAACGACCUCGCCCUGGUCCGCAUCGACCCGCGCGACCACGCCCGCGUCAACCCGUCGCUGCCGAGGUUUGGCGGUCCCACGGGCCUCCGCACCGACGUGCUGCAGGCCAACGAGACCAUCUACGGCUACGGCAACUCGACGCUGCGCAUGGGCAAGUCGGAGCUGAGCCCCAAGUUUGGCCGCGUUAUCCGUCCGCAGGGCAACGGCUGGUCCUACCUGGUCCAGGUGCAGCCGACGGGCAUCCCCGGCGACAGCGGCAGCGGCUUCAUCGACCGCGAGGGCAAGGCGUUUGGCGUGCUCGCCACGCUCCAGGAGCGCACGAGGAUCAACGGCAUCGGCAACCUCGACCGGGAGCUCGAGUACGCCAGGACCUUUUCCGACUUUGCCAACUUGCAGCUUGUCUUGGGCACCGAGCCCUUCAACGUGGAGCUGGCGGCCGAGGCCGAUGGCCUGGACUGGGAUUGA